CCGCGUGCUGUGUGUGGUGCCCCCUGUCCCUUAGGAUGAGUAACUGCAGCAGUCGCGCGCUGACGCUGCUCAGUAGCGUGUUCGGGGCCUGUGGGCUGCUGCUGGUGGGCAUCGCGGUCAGCACCGACUACUGGCUUUACAUGGAGGAGGGCAUCGUGCUGCAGCAGAACCAGACCACCGAGAUCAAGAUGGCGCUGCACGCCGGGCUUUGGAGAGUCUGCUUCUUCGCCGGCCGGGAGAAGGGCCGGUGCGUGGCAUCAGAGUAUUUCCUGGAACCCGAGAUAAACCUGGUGACGGAAAACACGGAGAACAUCUUGAAGACAGUUCGCACGGCCACCCCCUUCCCCAUGGUCAGCCUCUUCCUUGUCUUCACGGCCUUCGUCAUCAGCAACAUCGGCCACAUCCGGCCGCAGAGGACCAUCCUGGCCUUCGUCUCCGGCAUCUUCUUCAUCCUCUCUGGCCUCAGCAACAUCAUCGGGGUGAUUGUGUACAUCUCGGCCAACACCGGGGACCCGGGCACCAAACGGGAUGACGAGAAGAAAAGCCACUACUCCUAUGGCUGGUCCUUCUACUUUGGGGGCCUGUCCUUCAUCCUGGCCGAGAUGAUCGGGGUGCUGGCUGUCAACAUCUACAUCGAGAAGAACCGGGAGGCCCACUGCAAGAGCCGCACCGAGCUGCUGAAGAACCCCUCGUCCUCCUCCAACGCCAUCCUGCGCCUGCCCAGCUACCGCUUCCGCUACCGGCGCCGCUCCCGCUCCAGCUCCCGCUCCACCGAGCCCUCGCAGUCGCGGGAUGCCUCACCCGUGGGCCUCAAGGGCUUCCCCUCCACCGACAUCUCCAUGUACACCCUCUCGCGGGACCCCUCCAAGGCCAACGUUAGCAGCCUCUACGGGGCUGAGCGGGAGGGGGCUGGCGGGGGCUUCCUGCAGCUCCACAACACCUUCCCCAAGGACCCCGGCGUGACAGUGACGGUGACAGGACCCGGCGCAGCCGGUGCCACUGGCACCCUGGGCAAGGACGCCUCCUCCAACACCAACACACUCAACCGGAAGACCACACCUGUUUAAGGCAGCCGGGUGGAGGGCUAGUGGCGGGGGAUGGGGCCGAGGGAUGCAGCGGCCAUGGGGAGCUGCAGCGCAAGGUGGGGCGAGAGGACGUUAGGCUAAUGAAGGGGCAUUCUUAGCACAGUGUCUUUCGAACCCUGUGUUCCUUCCCUCCUGCGUUCAUUCCUUCGUUCAUUUGUUCUCUUUUUAAUUUUAACUUUUACUAAUUGUCUCUUUCUCCAUUCUA